UCAGUGAAGGGUGACGUGGACAUUUCCAUCCCCACGGUCGGAGCCGAUUUGAAGGGUCCUGAACUUGACAUCAAGGGCCCCAAAGUUGACAUUGAGGCUCCAGACGUGGACAUCCAUGGUCCAGAAGGUAAACUGAAGAUGCCCAAGUUGAAAAUGCCCAAGUUUGGGGUUCCUGGACUGAAGGGAGAGGCACCCAGCGUUGAUGUGACUCUUCCAAAGGGAGAGGUGGACAUCUCUGGUCCCAAGGUAGACAUUGAGGUGCCAAGUGUGGACAUCAAGGGGCCAGAGGGGAAGCUGAAGGGCCCCAAGGUGAAGAUGCCCGAGAUGAGCUUCAAGACCCCCCAGAUCUCCAUGCCUGACAUCGACCUGAACCUGAAAGGCCCCAAAGUGAAGUGAGACCUGGAGGUUUCUGCCCCGAAGCUGGAAGGGGACCUGAAAGCUCCUGGACUUGACAUCAAGGGCCCCAAAGUUGACAUUGAGGCUCCAGACGUGGACAUCCAUGGUCCAGAAGGUAAACUGAAGAUGCCCAAACUGAAAAUGCCCAAGUUUGGGGUUCCUGGACUGAAGGGAGAAGCUCCCAGCGUUGAUGUCACCCUUCCAAAGGGCGAGGUGGACAUCUCUGGUCCCAAGGUAGACAUCGACCUGCCAAGUGUGGACAUGGAAGGGCCAGAAGCCAAAGGAAAAGGUCUCAAAUUGAAAAUGCCCGAACUGAACGUCCAGACGCCCAAACUCUCCAUGCCGGACGUCGACCUGGGGUUGAAGGCCCCCAAAGUGAAAGGAGACGUGAACAUUUCUGGUGUGAAGGUCUCUGGAGAGCUGAAGGGCCCUCAGGUAGACGUGGAAGGGCCCGGAGUAGAUGUCGACGUGCCCGAGGUGGACUUGGAAUGUCCAGAAGGGAAAAUAAAAGGCCCCAAAUUUAAGAUGCCGAAGCUCAAUAUCAAAGCGCCCAAAAUUUCGAUGCCGGACGUGGAUUUGAACCUCAAGGGCCACAAGAUGAAAGGCGAGAUGGACGUCACCCUUCCCAAGGCAGAAGGUGACUUGAAAGGACCUGAUGUGAACCUGAAAGGACCGAAACUAGAGGCCGAGGUCCCAGAUGUGAACCUGGAGUGUCCGGAAGCCACCCUGAAAAUGCCGAAAAUGAAACUGCCGCAUUUUCACCUCUCCGGCCCCAAGCUUGAGGGCCCCGAGGUGGAGCUGCCGAAAGCAGAGGUUGAAAUCUCAGGGCCCGAGGUAGAUGUUGAAGGGCCCGAGCUGGAUGUUGGAGGAGCAGAAGGGAAGUGGAAAGGUCCCAAGUUCAGGAUGCCGAAGCUGAACAUCAAAACGCCCAAACUCUCGAUGCCCGACGUCGAUUUGAACCUGAAGGGACCGAAAGCGAAAGGAGAAGUGGAGGUGGCAGCGCCCAAGCUGGAAGGUGGUGCAGAACUAGACCUGAAAGGGCCAAAACUCGAUGUGGAGGCACCAGAUCUGGACUUGGAGUGUCCUGAAGGGAAGCUGAAAGGCCCCAAAUUCAAGAUGCCCGAGAUGCACAUCAAGGCGCCCAAGAUCUCCAUGCCCGACGUGGACUUCAACCUCAAAGGGCCCAGCGUGAAAGGGGACGUUGAAGUGGGAACACCCAAGCUGGAAGGUGACCUGAAAGGCCCCAACCUGGACAUCAAGGGCCCCAAGGUGGACGUUGAGUUGCCAGACGUGGACAUUCACGGCCCAGAAGGAAAGUUCAAGAUGCCCAAGUUCAAGAUGCCCAAGUUUGGCCUGAAAGGAGAAGGUCCAGAGGUGGAUGUGAACCUGCCGAAGGGAGACCUGGAUGUUUCUGGUCCCAAGGUGGACAUUGAGGGUCCAGAGGUGGAUAUUGAAGGUCCUGAAGGGAAGAUGAAGGGCCCCAAGUUCAAGAUGCCCGAGAUGCACAUCAAGUCACACAAGAUCUCCAUGCCUGAUGUCGACUUGCAUCUCAAGGCGCCCAAGCUCAAGGGUGGUGUGGACGUGUCUGUUCCCAAGCUGGAAGGUGAACUGAAAGGCCCUGAGGUGGACAUCAAGGGCCCCAAAGUGGACGUUGAGGUGCCGGACGUGGAUGUUCAUGGCCCAGAAGGCAAGUUCAAGAUGCCCAAGUUCAAGAUGCCCAAGUUUGGGAUGCCGGGGUUCAAAGCAGAAGGUCCAGAGGUGGACGUGAACCUGCCGAAGGGAGACCUGGAUGUUUCUGGUCCCAAGAUCUCCAGGCCCGACGUCGACGUCAACCUGAAGGGGCCCAAACUGAAGGGGGAUGUGGAUGUUUCCCUCCCAAAGAUGGAAGGUGAAUUGAAAGGCCCCGAUGUGGACAUUAAGGGCCCCAAGGUUGAUGUUGGGUUGCCAGACGUGGAUGUUCAUGGCCCAGAAGGCAAGUUCAAGAUGCCCAAGUUCAAAAUGCCUAAAUUUGGUCUGAAAGGAGAAGGUCCAGAGGUGGAUGUGAACCUGCCGAAGGGAGACCUGGAUGUUUCUGGUCCCAAAGUGGACAUUGAGGGUCCAGAGGUGGAUAUUGAAGGUCCUGAAGGGAAGAUGAAGGGCCCCAAGUUCAAGAUGCCCGAGAUGCACAUCAAGGCCCCCAAGAUCUCCAUGCCCGACGUGGACUUCAACCUGAAGGGGCCCAGCGUGAAAGGGGACGUUGAAGUGGGAGCCCCCAAGCUGGAAGGGGACCUGAAAG